UCGUUCCCCUGUCGACAUGUUUCCCCUAACAAUACCUGAACUUGAACCAUCUUAUCGCUAACCACAGUGGGGUCGCUACGCAUUUAAACAAGAGGGAAGUACUAUUCGACGGUGGAACAGACUUUGACACAACAGCGGCUCGCACACGCCAUACACAGAGCUGGCAGCAGAGCAAAGUGAGGCAAAGAAGGUUUGCUGUUUCCUGAAAAGGUUUACAAUUUUAGCCAUUACUGAAUUUGAUUCUUUUUGAUGGGCGGAUAUGGCAGUGAAAAGGCCAGCCAAGUUGCGGGUUGUUUUGAAUCCUGAUGACACCAGGAAGCUAAUUCUGUCUGAUGGAAUUCCAGAGACAAUGGAGCAGCUUAUGGAUGAAGUCCGGAAAGUGUGUGGGUUUAAUGGUAAUUUCAGACUGCAGUACCAAGACAGAGACUUUGGAGAUGCGCUAGUGAACUUGACAUCUACUGUUGAACUUGAGGACUUGGCAACUGUCAAGGUCAUCCCAAUAAUUGAUGAUUGCAGCCAAGGACUUAAUCUUACUGUCUGUGAUGAUUUGUCAACUCAAUCAGAUGACACAGAGCUCCUUUCCACACCCUCCAGCUCUGUCUCUACAAGAACUCAGAUGUGGCCAAGAGAGUUUCCGAUACCAACGUUCUCCUAUGACACUGAACUGCAGUUAGAGAAGGGGAAUGUGGUGUAUAGGUCAAACAUGACAAGGUUGACACCUAGUUCAAAAACAAAAUCUGAUAUUCUGGAAAAGGUAGCUGAAGAGAUUUUCAAGUACAAGGCCUACCCAACAGAUUCUGACUUCAGUGAUGUUGCCGAAGCACUUAUCAAGAAGCAUCCAUGUCUCUCUGAACCUGGUUCAUACAAUGGUUGUUACGGGUGGAAGCAGCGGUUGAAGACCAAAAUGGGCAACUACCGAACUCAGUUGAAGGGCAUUGGGUGUUCUGAAUUACUUGCAAAUUCACUUAAAUCCAAAGCUCCAGAGGAUGCAUUGCCAGCAAAAAAAGUAAAGAGACCUAAGAGAGGAGAGGCCAACCACAUACCUGACAUUCCAACUGGAGAGACCCCAGACAAGUUGGAAAAGGAGAGACUGUUACUUCUAAGUGAGGUGAUGAAACGAAACAACCGUGCACUGAUAAAGGACAAAAUGGCCAAGACUUUUUCACUGCGGAGACAUGAAAUUGUGGAGAAGGAAUUAGGAGUGGAGGACUUAAAAGUCAGAUGGCCCGCAUUGUUCUCAAUGGAUGAGAUCAAUGCUGAAUUCAUGAGGAUUACAACUGUUCCUCUUCAACCGCGGUUCCUGGCUUCCUUGGACAAGCACCACAGCAAGCUGAUUGAUAUCAUCAGAAACAAGGGAGGAACUGUCAGAGAGAAGACCCGGAACAUACUGAGAGUUUUGGAUCAGAGUCUUGAGGUAAAUCUAAAGAGAGAGUGCCUGCUGAAGUCCCUUAUUGUGUACCUUGGGGAGGAUGUGGACAAACUUAUCAAGGAGUAUCUGGUUGUUCAGAAGGACCAAGCUGAAACAGAGCUCGAGAGGUGUACAAUGGCAGUGUUUGUUAUAAGGGAGGAGGAGGAUCCUCUCCAGCCACCACAGGACGUUGGGGUUGUAAUAGAAGGUGUGGAAGUCCUUAACAAGCUGCCAUCAGUUACACAUGCAUGUGCCAUGUUAUUUGGCCUCAUCUACGCUCUAAACUUGAGCUAUCCAGGUGAGCUCAAAUACACUUUUGAUGCGCUGCAGAAAAUCUUCAUGGAGAUUGAACCAAAGACAAUCAGACGCAGAGUGUGCAGUCUGAGUGUCAAGCUCUAA